CAUAUUUAUUUUAGAAAACCUCAAAGUGAGAUUUUCAUUCCAUGGCACCUUUAAGUUAAGUUAAGGUGAACAGCCUCUGGCAUGAUGGAACAAGGGGGGUAAGGGAAGUCGGCAAAUCAGUUCAGAUUCGCCACGGUUCUCUCCUUCCUGUCCACUAAAUACCAUCAGUUUUUUUGAGCCAGGAGGAGAGCAGGUUGUAGAUGAGCAUACAAACACUAGAGUUAAGCUUUGAAAUUGUUUGCGCUGAAAAUCAUGUUUCUUCUAUGCUGUAACUUUUAACUGACGACAAAAUGCCACCGAAGAAAAUGGCAAGCCAGCCUGACGAGGCGGAGGAGAUAAGAAGAUCGCUUGAUUUCUUGACAGCUGAGGUAGCAAAAAUCUCUGCGCAACAAACAAAAAUCAUGAAUCUGAUGGGUGAAAUCCACACACUCAAGAUAAAAAACAUGGAAAAGGACACAAAUCACGCUACUGGAAAACCGAGUGGACGAUCUCGAGCAAUACUCCCGCAUGAAUGAUUUAAUCAUCAGCGGUCUGAGGACCAAACACCGGAGCUACGCCAGGGCUGCUGCGGCCUCCGAAGACACCGCCGCCGGGAGGCAAGGGACCGAAGCUCCCGAGGACGACCAUGAGUCGCUGGAGCAACAGGCCCUUUGCUUUUUGGAAAGCAAGGGCAUCUCUGUUGACAGCGGAGACAUCGAGGCUUGUCAUACCCUGCACAGUAAAAACAAAACGGUCGCGCCUGCAAUAAUAAUCCGGUUUACCAACAGAAAGAACAAACAAGCAAUCAUCAGACAAGGAAGGAAAUUAAAAGGAACCGACGUCUACAUCAACGAAAACCUCACAAAGAAGAACGCGGACAUCGCAAGGAAAGCACGCAUCCUAAGAAAACAAAACAAGAUUCAAGCAACAUGGACUUCAAACUGCAAAGUAUUCAUUAAACUGAAUGGAACCACUCCUGAGUCAGCUAAAGUGCUCCUCGUCAGAGACGUCACCAAGCUGGAUAAGUUUGAGGUAUGAAAGGAUAAACACAAGAACUCGCAGAGCACCCUCUCCAAGGCAGUGGCGUUCACUUUUACGACCUCCAGGGACCCCAAAUGCUCCACCAUCACCUUCCUGAAGUCAUCAUGAUAGUAGCUGACGAGCAUGGAGAGGAUCUUCAAAUCAAACCAAAUCCAUGACCAGUUCUAAAUGCACUUUAUGCCUGCAUCCACCUGCUUGACUACCAACGCAUCUUUCUCUUCUAAAUCAUUCAUUCUGAAAGUAAGGAAAGCACUUUGUUAGUUAAGCUAAUUUUAGCAAUGUUGUAAACAUAGCUAGCAAGCUGUUAUCUUGUACCCUAGCUGUCUGUCACUGACUGAAUGUCUGGCCAAUUAUCUAUAGACUACAUGUAGGUCUACUAACGUUAACAGAAUUUAACUUUUUUUUGUUUCUUCUAAUUUGUACUCUUACCUCAGUCAUGUAUUUUUUGGGCUUUCCAGUUGACUCCGUCGGGACUUCUCUCGGCUAUAUCGACUAGUAUGUAUCAACACAACUGGUGAUCCGCUGAAAAAUUCUCUUCCUGAAUGCCCCUUGGGGGGCAUAUUGAACCGUGGCCUAAUGCGCCUCCAUUUUUAAAUGUCGGACAAACGGACCUUCGGACCAAUGGGUUCCGUCGGAACAUUGAACCGUCGGCAUAGUGGCAUGUCGAUCUAAUGGGAAAUAUUUCGGACCAUUGAGACGUCGGAACAAUGCGGUGUCGGAAUUACGGGCAGGCCCCGGAAGUGUUCAGUGUUUUACCAAUCAUACAUUGCUUUGUCCCCCAAUCAAAUAUCCACAUUGGAAAUGGACACAAAGACCCAGAGUAGGUCACAGGUGUUGCAUGACGCUAGAAGACUGCGUCUCACUGCAAGCACAGGGAAACGAGUCCCCAAAAGACACACCACAGACCCCCAAAAGUUUCUUAAUGAGCACGUGUACCCCAAAAAAUGAAGUCAGGGUCAUCAUCACACUCCUUGAGAGCAGAGGGCAUGAUGUGCACAACAAAGGACUUGUGGUGCAUCCUGACCACCCCUGGUUGGCAGCCAGUCCAGAUGGGAUCCUUGACGGGACAAAACUUCUUCAGAUCAAGUGCCCCUUCAAGAGUCUGAUGUCUCUCGAAGAAUUUCUCACCCGGCCAAACGGUGACAUCAAAAUCUUGGAUGAUGGAAAGUACCGAGUUUUGCCAAAUGGAAGAGCUGGACCUUCAGACACAAGUGGCUAUGAUGUGCCUUGGUCUACAGAGCUGCAAACUGGUUAUCUGGACACGAGGAACAUUUAGAAUUGGAAAUUCCAUUUGACAAAGAGUACACUGACAAACAAGUAGAGCAACUGGAACAUUUUUAUUUUCUACAUAUGCUUCCCAGCUUGGCUGAUGAUUUUGGAGAAAAUAAACCACAUCUCUGCCCCGAGUACCUGGAACAGUUUUGUAAUUAACCGACACAUCAGUUGGCAAUAACAAUGGUUCAAAUACAUUUGAAGUAUAAAUAAAACUUAAUGUAUAUAUAUGUAUAAAUAAAUUGUUAUUGUGUUACUAUUUACAUUUGUAGUAUAAAUACAACUUAAUAUAAUAUAUGUAUAAAUACAUUUUUAGUGUUCUAUUGUAAAAAGAAAAAAGUAUAUGACAUUAACCCCAUUUCAACAAUGUGAUGAAUUCAGAAGUGACCUUUUUCAUCUUUCUAUACAUGUAUUUAUCAUUAGAAUUAUCUUGUCUAUUUUUUCUAAAUUUAUACAGUAUCUACACUGUUCUCUGUAUCCAUCUAAAUACUAUGUAUGAAUCUGUGUGUGUGGAUCUCUCUGUACAAUAUAUAUAUAUGCAUCUAUGUAUGUAUGUUUCUCUAAAUAAAUGUGUAUGUACUAAAUUUUUCAAAUAAAUAGGAAUAAAUAAAUGUAAUUCAUAAAUAUGCAAGAUGUUGUUUAAUAGUAUGUAAGACAUUACUUGCUGGAGAUAAGCGCUCCUCUCAGAUUUAUGAGAGCUGCACAAAUCUGAAGUAUUUUAUCAAUUUUAGGAACUAAGCUUAUUGGCACGGUUUGACAGGAUCUUGAACACUUUUAGACGCCUUAUAGCCCGUUCCACAUGAAUGCGUACAUUUGCUAUCCGUCUCAUCUGAGUCACUUGCUCAUUGGUCAGCUGGCUGUGUUUGCGUGUAAAAGCAGGUAUGACUAGCCUUACCCUCCUCUCCUCAACAAGAUCUCUAAUUGUGAACCCACGGUCCCCCAUCACCAGGACGUAAACAAUCAAGAAACCCUGAGUUCUGUGUAAUAUACCUGUCACGACACUUCCCACCAAAAGCCUCUGAAAUAAACAUCAGCAUCCCUGAUGGAGCAAUGGCAACAAGGUACUUAACAGUGUUACUUGCAUAGUAAUGGCUUUAAGACUCUGAGCGCGAGUCUACGUUUUUGGCUUUUUGCAGAACACUCUCUGUGCAGUCAAUGAUGCAAGUUAAAUCAGAGAAAUGUGGCAGAAAAACCUUUGGCAUAGUUGCUUUUAUAGUGUCACGGGGCAGCCAUGGAAUGAGGACCUUGGUGUGCUCAGCAAGGAUAUCAACCCAAUGCGUAAGUGUUUUACUGACCUGACUGGCUGAUCUUUUAAAGCGCCUCGCUAAAUCAGCUACAGCAAAGUUAUGUCUGAGCUUCAUGAGUGUUAACAAAACUUCAUCUUGAGCUGGCAUUGUUGAUGACUGGCGUACAAAACCUCGUAGACAGGAGACAUGAGUGUUGAACACAGGUAGAGGAAUCCCUGUGUACAGCAGACAGUCUUUAUCACCUUUCAGUGUAACCUCUGCAAUGGACAGUGAGAUCUCAGGGGCAGGUGUGAUGAUCAUGUCACAUAUAAGGAUGGAUCCUUUAGAGUAGGUAUGGUCCUCCUCAGCUGGAUCCAUCCACUGUGUUUGGGCAUCCUUGAAGGUUUGAGGCUGCUCGAACACCAUCACAGCUUGGUCUGCAGGUAAUAAUAAGGCAACUUUAUUUAUAUAGCACAAUAAGAUGGAGACAUAGAUGGAGAUAAUUGGAUGAGGGUCUAAACAUGCAUUGGUCUACAGAAUAGAUCUAGACAAGGUUUUAACAGGACACUGACCUAUGAUAAUUUCUAAAUUAAGGAUGAAAGUUAGGAUACACAAUUGACUUAACCAACGUAAAUAGAGUAUACUGUAUGCUACCGUAAUGUUACAUUAAAAAAAAAUUGUGUCGAUAUCAAAUUUAGCAUACCUGUUGCAGUGGCGUCACUAGGCGGUUUUAUUCGUGGCUAAAGCCCCGGAUCUAAUUUGAUUAGCCCCGAAUCUAAUUUUUUGGUAAAAAAAAUAAAAAAACAAAAUCGAAAAAAAAUCGACUUUCCGACGGUCCUUGAACGCCCCUCAUUUACCGCACGAGAACAGAGCAACAAGUGCGUCAGUACACUUCAGCAGCCAGUCUCUCACUGUUUACAACAGAGAAUUAUAACGACAUCUGCUGUAGAGUCCCAACCCCCUGGGACCUGCAAACAACAAUGUCACAAAGAAGGAUUUCAAUGUUUUUUGCUCCAAAAGUGGUUGGCAGCCAAGGAGGUAUGAUGGCAGAUAAGGAUGCAGUCAGGGUUCAUGCAGGAGACCAAAGGGAGGAGAGUGUAAGUUCAGGUACCUGUAGGCUAUGUUAAGAGUGUCUAUGUAACAAAGUCGACCUGGUGAAUUCCCUCUCAGUAUAAAAAGAGGUAAAGACCUCCCACUUGUGCCAAAAAAUAGGUCGUUUUGUCCUUGGCAUAACUAAUAGCACACACGUUUACUUGGUGGUCAAUUGUGGUCGCAAAUCAGAGGACCUGGUUUCGAGACCAAUGAAAGCAAACUAGCAGGAGGAAGCAAUACUGACGAGCAACACAAUGACACCACUUACAUGUAGUAUUUAACAUAUUUUAGUAACCUAAUUAUAAUGUUUGAAAUUAAAAUUUCUAAAUGCAAUAAUUUGAUAGAAUAUUGAUCUUAAGUUUACAGUAAGCUACAGCUUAACUUUUUUUUAUUUAUUCUUUAAUACAUUUUCAGAGAUAAGGGCAGAGUCAGCAUACAUAGAUGCAGCUGCCAGUGAUGCUGCUGACCAGAGUGAGGACAGUGCAAGUGCAAGUGCAGGUACCUGUAGGCUAUGUGAGGAGUAUCUAUACCAAUAUCUCUAGUCCAGAAUUGUAUAAUAUUCAGCAGUGUAUCUCAGUAUACAUCCUUGCCAGUGCCCAUUAAUUGCAAGUUGUGGAUAGCAGAGUUUUAUUCAAUCAUGUUUAAAAAAGGGGGGAGAAGGAGGCCAUAGCUUUAUUUCGCUUUUUUCCCCUUUUUGGAAACACAGGUGGCUCAGGGUCAGGGAGCACAGGGAACCUGUUAGGAAAGAAUGAUUGAGGGACACGAGAAACAGGCCCAAAGCAACCCAGACGGGACCAGUACCCCUCCACUAGUUUUUUCGAAAGCAGCAACGGUCUUUCCAGUACAAAUGGUUUGAAUCUUUUGACUGGCUGGAGUAUUCUUUGAGCAGAAACUCUUCACACUGUUUCUCAUGCAAGCUCUUUGGGAAACACAACCCUAGAGCCAGCAAAGAUGCCCUCCUCAGCACUGAGGGCUUUAAUAACUGGAAAAGGGCCUUGGUCAUCUAUCCUGGCCUGGAAGAAUUACAGAGCUACACUAACAGAAGGCGAUGUUGUCGACCAAAUGAAUGUUGGAAAUUCCAGUCAGAUUAGUGAAAGGAGAGAAUACCUGCGGCGCAUUGUGGCCGUCACUAGCCUUUUAGGGAAACAAGGCAUUGCUUUCCGUGGUCAUGAGGAAACCAGCUCCUCCCUGAAUCAGGGUAACUUUUUAGAAGUAAUGAAGCUCCUUGAAACCUUUGACCCCUUCCUCCAGAACUACCAGGCCCCUUCUCAUUCAACAUAUCUAUCUCCUGCCUCGCAGAACAGCAUGAUCGAAUGUUGUGCUGAUGAAGUGACUGCAACCAUCGUAGAAGAGAUCAAGGCAUCGAAAAUGUAUGCAGUGAUGGCUGAUGAGGCAAGAGAUGGCCACGUUGAACAGCUUGCUGUUUGUGUGCGCUAUGUUACAGCUGACAGCGGAGUCAAAGAGCAUCUCCUUGAACUUGUCACCCUUAAGGGAUUGAAUGCACAGUGCAUCACUGACGCAAUUGAAAAUGUAUUGGCGUCUAAUGGCCUUAAUGAUCUCCUGUGUGUCGCUCAGGCUUAUGAUGGAGCUUCCGUUAUGAGUGGUUCAGUAAGUGGAGUUCAAGCUCGCUUUCGUGAGAAACACCCAGAAGCAGUUUACGUACACCGCUAUGCUCAUGAGCUGAACCUGGUUCUCUGCCAUACGUACAGGGCUGUUCCAGAAGCCAGUGACCUGUUUGAGACAUUGGAGAGUGUCUACUGUUUCUUCAGUGUAUCAAUCGUAAACCAUCAGAGAUUCUCUGAUGUCCAGAUGCUCCUGGGCUUGAAGAAGAGUGAGCUUGUCCAGCUGUCAAAAACCCGAUGGGCAUGUCAGGUGAAGUCUGUGAGAGCAAUGCUCAACAAUCUGCCAGCUGUUUUAAAGUGCCUGGAAGAGAGUGCAACACCUCUGGCAGUCGGAUUACUGUCAAAGCUGUCCAGGUUUUCAAAUGUCUACCUGCUGGUCAUGUUCCGGAGUAUGCUGUCAACUACAGAGGGGCUGCACCUGUGCCUUCAGAAGGAUUCUGUGGACUUGGCCCAAACACUCUUUAAAGAUGCAGUCCUUGACACACUGAAAUCCAUCCGAACCAAUGAAAUGGCAGACAAGCUUUACAAUGAAGCAAAACACAUCUAUGAUGCCAACAACAUAUGUGAGAGUCACAGUGGUUGCAGGCACAAGCAGAGGGUGAUGGAGGACUUUACAAUAGAGUCCACCUUGGGUACAAGGGCUCAUCUGGGCACAGAAGACCAGCUGAAACAAACUCUGUUGUACCCAUGUCUUGACCGUAUGGUAACUGAGCUAAACAGCAGAUUUUCUGAUGUGGGGGCAGAGCUAAUGCGAGGCAUUCAAGCUUGCAACCCAGCGGCCGUUGAUUUCUUCUGUGAGGAUUCCCUAGAGCUGAUUGCAACACAUUAUAAAUGUCAUUGAAAAAAGAGGAGAUCCUGGUGGCAAAGCAGUUCCUUUCUAGAAGAAAGAGAGAAGGUGCCGUUUCUGACAUGGGCAGUGUUUACAAGCUACUUCACCCAGACAUGUUCCCAACCUUGAGCUCAGUUGUCCAAGCAGCCUUGACAAUACCUGUCAGCAGUUGCACGUGUGAGCGGUCGUUCAGUGUACUGCGCCGUGUCCACACCUGGCUGAGGAGAACCAUGGGCCAGGAGAGGCUACAUCAUUUGGCUAUUAUGGCAGUGGAGAAGGAUGCGCUUUGUGGCUUAGACCAUGGUGAAGUCAUUGACCGGUUCGCCCAAGUCAAACCGAGGAGAUACCCACUUGUGCUCAAAGGACAAAGGUCAAAAGAAAGGAGCAAGAAACAGUGAAACGAGUGAAAAUAAAAAGUUCACUACAAACAAGAAAUGAACAAAGAAAGACAAUACAUGUAGAGUAACAGUUAAUAAUACAGACAAAUGUACAAGUAUACACAAUAUGGAAAGUGUAAAGUAAAGACAGAUAUACUGUAGAAGAAAAGAAAUGAACAAAGACAAACGCAUGACUAC